AUGUCGUCCGCCAUCGCCGCGUCGCCGCCGCAGAUAUUGGGGACAAUCCGGCUCGCCGACAACCGCGACGUCCCGCAUAUCCUCAAGAUGAUCCGGCAGAUGGCAGAGUUUGAACGCCUGACGCACCUCUUCUCCGCCACGGAGUCGUCCCUCUCCUCCUCCCUCUUCCCCGCGGAGGACCCCGUCCCCCCCUUCAGAUCGGUCACAGUCUUCAUCCUCGAGGUCUCCCACGGGGAGAUCCCGGCGGAGAACGGAGAGGUGCAGCCGGUGUUCGCGCCGAUCUCGCGGAAGAUCGAUCUGGCUUCCCCCAUUGCCGACCCCGAGGCGGAGAUUUUCGCCUCCGUACGUGGCGGAGGAAGGAUUGUGGCGGGAUUCGUGCUCUUCUUCCCCAACUACUCGACCUUCCUGGCUAAGACUGGUUUCUACGUGGAGGAUCUGUUCGUCAGAGAGGCGUACCGGCGGAGGGGAUUCGGACGGAUGCUGCUGUCGGCGGUGGCGGCGCAGGCGGCGAAGAUGGGACUCGGAAGGGUAGAGUGGUGCGUCCUCGACUGGAAUGAGAACGCCAUCAAAUUCUACCAGGAGAUGGGGGCAGAGGUGCACCAGGAGUGGAGGAUCUGCCGUCUCGCAGGGGAAGUGCUCCAGUCUUACGGACAAGACUAA